CAAAACCCCAAUCGACGUUUUCUUCAUAACUUUUAUUCAAUUUGCGAUUCUUCGUUCAUAUCGAAAUCUCUGUGAUCUUUUUAUCAUGGCCGAAACAAACCCUAAGCCUCAACAACCCGAGAUGGCUCAGAUUGAGGAAGAAAAAUUGAAGUAUUUGGAAUUCUUACAAGUGGCGAUGAUUCAUGCGGCGCUCUGUGUGGUGAAGGUGUAUGGUUACGCUAAAGAGAAUUCUGGUCCCUUGAAGCCUGGUGUUCAGACUGUUGAAGGCACCGUCAAGACCGUGGUUGGCCCUGUUUAUGAUAAAUUUCAUGAUGUUCCCGUCGAAGUACUCAAAUUUGUCGACCGCAAGGUUGAUCAGUCUGUUCGUCAGAUUGAGACUCGUGUUCCCCCUAUGGUCAAGCAAGCUCCUGCAGCUGCUCGUUCUGUUGCAGCUGAUGUCAAAAGUGCUGGUGUGAUGGGAGCUGCAUCAGGACUUGCUAAAACAGUGUAUGCCAAGUAUGAGCCCACUGCCAAGGGACUUUACACCAAGUACGAGCCAAUGGCCGAGCAAUAUGCUGCAUCAGCUUGGUUCUCUCUCAACAGGUUUCCCAUUGUUCCUAAAGUCACUCAAGCCGUUGUUCCAACAGCUGCUUACUAUUCCGAGAAAUACAAUGUGAUGGUUCAGCAAACAGCAGAGAAGGGAUACAAGGUUGCUUCAUAUCUUCCAUUGGUACCUACAGAGAAGAUUGCUAAGGUGUUCAGUACUCAGCCUGUGGCUUCCAGCUAAGAAGGACCUGCUGGUUUACUUAAUGAUUCAUAAGUAGUAGUUUUGUUCUAUGUGAGGUUCUCCAUAUGAUCUGGAGUGCUUUGAAACAGUUGUUAUUUGUUUACUGU